GUCCAGUACAUCGUAUCGUUGGCCUGCUUGGUCAUCUCCAUCCUCUGUCUCGUGAUGACCGUAUUCACGUACUUUCAGUUUUCGGCCCUGCGAAGCACGGCUGGAACCAAUAACACGUGCCUCAGCGCCAGUCUGCUGCUAGCACAGGGGUUACUUCUGGCGUGCUCUCACGUGUAAGCCAUUUUAGUUAGUAGCGAUCUCAGAAACUAGUAACGGUAGAGAUGUUACACUUUGCCUGUAGUUGUAAACAUAUUAAAUCUAAGAUGCAUAGUGUUUGUGGCGAUUAGUCAAAAUACAUAAAUUAAUGUAUUGCUUGUCAAAACUUGAUCACAUUUAACAUAAACAUCUUGUUGGAAGGAAAAACAGAAAAAACAAUAACAAUGGUAUACAUUUAUUUCAAAGCAAGCUAUAACAUGCAUUAAAUGAUAUUAUAUAAUUUGAGCAACAAUAGAACAAUGAUAUCGUAUUAACUAUUAAUAUUUUUUCCUCAUUAUAGAUCAGGGCCAAGCACCCUGUGUACAUUCCUGGCUGUAGCCAACCACUUUAUGUGGCUGUGGAUGUUCACGUGGACGUUCAUCUGCAGCCUCCACAUGUUCAGAGUGUUCUCAGCCAAGACACGUAGCACCAAGGCGACAUCGGACACCCUGAACCUCGUUCUCCUCAAACGCGUUCUCGCGUCAGCGUCGUUCCCAAUGACUAUCGUGUGUACCGUCAUAACGUCAUCUUACGUCUUAUCGGACUCAACUAACAUCGGCUAUGGUGGAGAUGUUUGUCAACUGAACUCUCAGUUGUUGAUAGGUACGUCUCUUGUUAUUGGUAACAUGGAUCUUGAAAUGACAUGA